UUGAACGAAAAUUCAAAAAUCUAUUAUGAGUCUAUAUCAAAAUUGAAGAAAUCCACUUCUUCAACAAAUGAGAUGAAAAUGAAUUCGGAAAACGAAAAAAGUUUAAAUGAAAAUUUAGAAAGCUACAGUUAUGAAUAUCAGUUAACUUCGAAAAAACCCACUUCCUCGAUUGACCAGAUGAACAUUUAUUCGGACCAAGAAAAUAGUUUAAAUGACAAUUUCGAACACUCGGAAAAGUGACUGGAGCUGGACGGCGAAUGACCGAUCGAAAACGGGUGCCAGGGAACACCGGGUUCAAGCGGACCUGAAGAAAUUGUUGUUGGACUUGACGACCGGGUACCUGAGGGAGGGCGCGUCGGACCUGGUGGACUACGGGAUCGAGUUCUUCAAUCGGCUGAAAAAGUGCCGGGCCGCAGGGCCCGGAGGUUGCACAGGCGAGAGAGCGCACGGCGGCGAUGACCACAAGGCGCGGCCGGAGCGCAACGGCUGCGGCCAGCAAGUGCUGAGCAGCGGUUCGGUGGACGAUGACGACGGUGGGCCGGUACGGACGUUUGCCAAGUCGGCCGAGGUGCGGCGA